CAAAAGCAAUAUGUAUGUUGCCUUUCUGGUUUUAGAUGAAGAAAUGAAAUUCAUCAAACAUCAUUUCUUCUGCAGGACUCAGAUGAAUGAAAAAACAGCCUUUGCUCUUCAGCGGCUGCCCAUCAGGAGACAGGUAGUGUUAAGUAGGCAUCACACAAUAGACUUCCCAGCGUACUUUAAUAGAUGUCCCCAUACCCAUCCCAUGCAAGAAAAAACUUGAGGAAUUCCUAAGCCACUAUGAAGGGCCUGUUGCAUGCCUAGGACUACAUGUCUUGCCAGAGUUGGCAACAGAAAAACAGUGCCUCCUAUCCCUAGCCUCCGUGUACACCAUGCAGGAACUCCCAUGUACAUCACCCCAUGUGAUAAAUCCCAGAGCCAGAUUGAAGGACCUUUGUAAGUUCCUAAGAAGGUGACAAGAGGGAGGGCUGAGAAUCAGGGCGUAGACUGGAUGCUGACAACAGCUCUUUGCCCUGGCGAAAGCAGAGAGGAGGUGGGCCUCGGCACUUCACUCUGGCUACCGUCUGUCCCACACUUUGAGUACCUGCACAUGUAUGUGACAUUUCUUGUUAAUCUUCCCUUUGCAGUGAUCCUUACUACCUUCAUAUCCCUGCAUCUCUACCUGAAAUAGGAUCAGACUAUAGAACCUAAGCCUCUUAGCCCCAAGGCUUCUCUAGAUGCUGGAGAUACCGAACCAGGAGAGGAGCUCAGCCCUGCCUGAGAAGUCCACCCCUAGGUUGGCCACAGAAAUGUGAUUUCAAGGGACUUCAUGGCUCAAGCGUAUUCCACCCCAGCCCCAUCUUGCUCUGCUUACCCUCUCCCACCCUAGCUCUCCGGCCUCCUACUAUCCCUGGCAUGCCAUGGCAAGGCCCCUCUCCCCUCCAUGGCUCUGCUUAAGUGCUACUACCUUGCCUACUCUGGCUUUGCUAGCAUUGUUGUGCACUAAACAACCAUGCUUUCUAAGAAGUUUACAGACAUUAUUUCUUAAAGCAGUUCUAUGAUGUUGAUACCAUUAUUUUUUUCCACUUAACAUGAAAAACCAAGCUGAGAAAGGAAAAAAUCAUUUGCCCAGAAUUGUAAUCUAGGAAAUACUGCCCAGGUUCAAAUUCCACAUAAGUAUAUUACUGACCUUGGGCCUUGGGCAAGUGACUUAGUCUCUGAAAGUUCCUUCAGCUAUGCAUGGGAAUGUCUCCUGCUGGAAUGUUAUGAAGUAAUAAGUCUAAAAUGUUGAGAGAGUUCCUGGCACACAUGGUAAGUGCUCCAUACCUAUCAGCUAGGCUAGUUUUAGUUCUGCUUGCUCUUGACUCCUGGGGCAGGAUUAUUCAACCCACAGUCCCAGGGAUGGAGGGAACUUCCCCUUUCCUUUGGCUCAGAGAGCCUGCUGUGGGAGGGCUUGUGUGGUACAGUUGGUAGCCAUUUUGAGGUAUGCCAGGCCUGGGCCCUCUGUGGGAUCCCCUUGCUGAUAGGGUACCCUGCCCCUUUGGGCUGGAGUACCCCAUCCCAGAGAGGCAAAUUGGUGCCAGGGAAAGAACCUGGUUGUGGACCAAAGGCCCUGGGUUCUAGUCCUGCCCCUGCCACUAUCCACAGGGGGCCCUGGGACACCUGGCACAAGCAGACAGGGCAGAUGUACUGAGAGAGGCUCUGGGAUGAAAGAGCCCUAUCUAGCAUGGGACUUGAGAUGGUGAAAGCCAGAGCAAGGGCUCAUAUCCAACGAGGCCUUAGGAGAGGUCUAGUCUCAACCAGCUGGAGUGUCUCACACCUCAACCCCUUUCCUCAAAUCUACUUAGAAGGGCUUGGCCUCAGCUCCAGUCCUGGUUCAGUCAAAACCCCAAGGACUCCUGUCUGAGGCUUCUGGCCACAGAGGCAACCAAGUCUUUCUGCCUCCAUGUGUUCACCUACCUGAGUGCUGGGCCCCGCCUCCUUCCUGGCCCACUGCCGCCCACCAGACCCAUCUCCACGGACAGCAGUGCCUCCUCCGUCCCAUGCCAGCUGCUCCUGCUGUUUCAGACCUAGCGGGGGCAGGUCCCCCCAAGGCUGACACUCUUGUUGCCACGGAAGCAAUUGCCUUGGAAGCUGCUUCCCUGCUUUCAGCUUCUGAGUGGUCCAGAAAAGCUGCCUGUCACCCAGGGACUGGUGCACUGAUCACGCUUUUCCCCCUGGUUGUUACCCCUCAAGGGAAAUAAGCAGAACCAAAUCAAGCUGCAGCCAGUUCUCCCACUCUUCCCCUUCUCACGCCAUAUUUGAACUUGGUGUUUCUGCAAAGGAAAGUGCACAGGUAACUGCCCUCGCCUGUCCAGGUGAUGAGGAGGAGAGAUUCUGUAGUGGAAUUCUGAGCACUGUGGCACCAGGAGUUCUCAGGUCCCUGGAGGAGGACUCUGAUGCUUGGGAUGGAUCUGGAGACCGAUCAGGCUUGGGCUGUAGUGCCUAGGCUCACUUAACUGUUACUUUGACAAAAGUAGAGACCAAAAUAUAUUUUCUUUUUCAGGGAUUACAUAGCUCUUAAGGAGGAAAGAAUUACAUUUGCAGUCAGUGGAGGAUGGGCAUCACAGCUGGUUCAGAAGCCCUUAAUAUCACUGUCUGGUUUGGAGGAAGACAUUCUUUGACUAGUCCCUUUGACCACAGUUUCUUCCUCUGACACUCAGUGCUGUGGCUUGGCUAUGACUUGAGUGUGUUCCCAAGGGUUCAUGUGUUAGCACUUGGGUCUUGGUGUGGCGAUGUUGGGAGGUGGUAGAAAGAAGUGGGGUUCAGUGCAUGGUAAUAGGGCACUGGGGAUGCUGCCAGUGGAAGGAAUGAAUGCUGAUCUUGUGGAGUGAGUGCACUCUUGUGGCUGGGUUGUUACAGAGCAAGUUUAACUUCUCUCCUGCUUCCGACUUCUUAUCUCACCAUGUGACCUCAGUCACACGUGCUCCUCCCAAUGUGACGCCAUCCCCCAGGAGGCCUUUAACAGGAGCCAAAUGGAUGGGCUGUCCAAUCUUGGACUUUCAACCACCAAAACUAUAAACCAAAUAAACAUCUCUUUAUAAAGUAUCUGGCCUGAGGUAUUUUGCCACAACUGAAAACAGACUAAUACAGUAGGGUUGCCAGUUCCUCUCACCUCACAAUGUAGAAAUUCAGAAGAGGCACAUGCUAGAGAACUUCUCAGCUGAGCAGAAGCCCAGGGGCACGGGCUCUGUUGAGGCUUUGGGGAAAUUCCUCCGCCGUCCUGUUGUGGUUUUCCCACGUAUUCCAAGAUGAAGCUGAAACGUCUGGAGUUCAGACAUGAUAACUGAUACUGGCUUCAAGGUGUCUGUCCUCCCCAUUCCCUCUCCUAGUUCUAUCUUUGUCUUAAGGGGUUUAAAGUGUCAAGGAAAAUUUCUAAUUUGGAAUUUGGUCUCCAGUUGUGCUCUAGAAUCUGAUACUUACAGUGUACAAGUGUCUAGGUGCCAUCAAGAGCGUGGCCCGGGAGGCCCUGUCUUGCUGUCUUGCUGGGGAGACUCAGUCUUGGAGUGAGUCUUAAAGGAGUUGAGGGACAUGGCUUUAUGGAAGGUACUCGGGUUCCCAAAGCAGGACUUCUGAGAAACACAUUUUCUUGGACACUUACUUUGGCAGCUCCUUCUAAAACUAAUUCAGGGGGGCUGAGUUACAUGUGACAGACACAUGAGCUGUCAUUUGAUGCCUGAUUAGAGGGAUAACCAGACUUCAUCCUGACAGGAGGCACAAGGGAUAUUGGUUAGGCAGUGGAGACUAGGGAGCAGCUGGCUCCAGGGUCUUCCUCUUUAUGGGGUCUCCAGGGUCCCUCCAUGCCCUAUGGCUUCCUCCUCUCUGACUUCCUGGUGGUGCCUUCCCACAACUGAAGCUUCCUUGGGUGAUCCUGGGGCCUUCUUAAACCCCUGCUCCACAUGGAGGGAAGAUUGUUGGUAAUAGACAGUUUCCCUUGUGCCCUUAGGCUUCCUGUUUGCUGACUCAAGUUAGAUGUGCAAUGCGAACCUUUCCUGUGCACUCUGACCAGGCCAUCCUGCAGAAAGCAGACAAGUUGCAGGCAAAGAACAGGCCCUUCGUGUGGUGGGAUACGCACUGGUCCAGGUGUGGUCAGGGCUGCCCCAAGGCAGGCUGGCCAUACAGGCUGUUUGGAGAAGAAAGGGCUGGGGAUAUAGCUCAGAGGGCCAGCAGCGGGCAAACAGGCUCAGAGGAGGGAGGGCAGGCUGGGAGGGGAGAAGCAGGGGUGGAGGCUGGAGACCCUGAGUCUGGCUGAAGCUGAAGAAAUGAUAGGAAAAGAAGGGGUGGCAUUAACAAGGGCCAGUGACCAGACUCCAAGCAGGGUCAUAGGACCUGGGGAUGUGCCCAGGUAAGGGGCAGACAGAAUUCUAGGACAGUGAAGGCCCUGUCCUAGACAAGAGCCAGAGAAUGCAAGAAGGCUGGAAUUAGAGGCUGGGGGCCGGCAAAGGGCUCAAAGAUCAAGGUAGGGCUGGGUUGGGUUACUGCUGGCCAGGCUCCAGUUGGGUGAAUCCUGCAAGUACAUUGUCAGUCAGGCUGGAUGGGGCUGCUCCAUCCAGGAAGUUGGAAAGCCUCCCAGCCUCCUAUUCCUGCCUUGUUGACAUCCAGAACCGCCUCCAGUUCUUCUUCCCAUCCCUACCCCUUACCCACCACUACCACUGGUGUUCCCUGUCCACUUCCCACCAGGGGUGCCAGGAAGGGUCCACUCAAGGGGGCGGGUACCAACUUCCUGAGAAAGGAGUCCCCUAAAUCAAGCCUCAAAGUAGGACCCCUCAGCUCUGCCAAAAGGUGACAGGGUAAAGGGGGCAGAGUAUGGACUUGGAAGGUUACCUCCCUCUCUCCUCCUUCUGACCCACUCACGGUUCCUCUCUCCUGAGCCCUGUGCAGAUCUUCCAUGUUGCUGCCCCCAAGUCUCCAAGUAGGAGCUGCAGGUGCUUCUCCAGGGCAGAGGGCAGAGAGAAGACAAGUGUGUAACCAGAGAGUCCCCUCCACUCCCUGUCCUCUGACCCCAUGUUAAACCACCAGCUCAUUCUUCCUGUUCGGAACCAACAGUGGAACUGCCAGUGACUGCACAUUGAGUCUCCAGGACCCAGGCCAUGGCUCGAGUUGCAACUUCAUGAAUAACUCAGCACCUCCUGCUCCCUCAUCUCUGAGGAGCCUGUGUCCCCUGGAUCUGUGCCCCGCCCCGCCUCUCAGUGCUUUAAACUUUAAUAGGUCUAGGCUCAGUGGAAAUCAGUCAGGCUCCAGAAAGCCAGGUCAGGAUGUCCUGGGCAAGGAAGCAGUCCCUGCUCCUGGAAAGAAGGAAGGAUCCCAUGGGACAGGCUCAGUUCCCUAGAGCUCUAGCAGUUGAAGUAGAAAUCUGGCCAGGCAAAAGUCCCAAGAGCAGCCUCCAGCUCCAGUGUAUUUUGUGGGACUAAGAGUGAGCUGGUGUCCCCAAGUCAAGGUAAGACUGGGAAGCCCUAAGAGAGCUUUGGGAUGACGUUGUAGAUAAAUCCAAAGGUUACCAGCCUAGACUCUUAAUCUUACUCAGAAACACCCACUCUAAGGGUAGAACUUCAACAAGGGGACAUCCAAGAGGACGGACCCUCCCCCAUGUAGGCCUGCAUGGAUGUCCCCAUCAACAGCAGAGACUUCCACUGUCUGCAGCUGGCCUGUGUAGCUCUUGGCCUGGUGGCCGGCAGCAUCAUCAUUGGCGUCUCAGUGUCCAAGGCCGCAGCUGCUGUGGGCGGUGUCUUCCUUGGUGCUGCUGGGCUGGGUCUCCUCAUCUUUGCCUACCCCUUCCUGAAGGCUCGGCUCAACCAGGAUCACAUCCUGCCAAUCAGGGGGUCUCAUUCUGCAGGGGGCCUGAGAAUUCACCCUAAUCCAGAGCCAGAUCAUGGGGAGGGAAGAUCAAACAGCAACAGCAACAAAGAAGGGGGCCGCAGCAGCUUGUCCACUGUGAGCAGGACCUUGGAGAAGUUGAAGCCAGGAGCCCGGGGUACCGAGGAAGGCUGAGGAGCUGCCCCUGCUCUGCCUGCCAUUCCUGCCUGCUACCCUUGUCUCAGAGCCCUCUCAUCCUAGUUGAAAGGUCAGAGCCACAGAGAGCUGUGCCCUGGAGACACUACACCUGCACUUGCCUUCAUCCAGGCUCUACAGAACACAGCCCACCGGUGUUGCUACAGGCUCCAAGGGGCUCCCACAUUUCCAUCCAUUACUUGGCUUUCUUCUAGACUGCAGCUCAGUUUCUCUCCUUUUUUCAUCUCCUGAGUGAUUCCUUUGGAUUUGAGGCCCAGAACGCUGACUAUAACCAGGGAGCCCUCAGUCCCUUGCUUCACUCUGGCCACCAAAGUUAAUUACAGGCCCUGAGUCCUUUAGCCCCAUUCCCCCAGCCUGGCUCUGGGUCUUGGGAGCUCACUAGCUGAAAGAAUGCCUUUCAAAACGACAAACCCUGGGUAAUCCUUCAGGGACAGCCUCUGAGCAAUGGUGAAUCACAAGAACCAUAUCCUUGAGAGGCUCAGAAGGGAAAGACUCAAAGACAGACAAAUGCAAACAAAAUGACAGGAGUCAAGGUGAGCCGCUGACCCAGCAUGGGGUCAGAGUAGGUGGCUCCCCAGGUGAGCCCAGUCCCAGGAUUCCUGCUAUUUGAGUACAGCACCCAGGGCUUUGCACAGUGUGCUUCUCUUCUCCGACCCUCCCACAGCUCCUUAACAAGCUUCUGGGCCUUGGCUUGUGUCCACUGCCUGUCAACCCCCCCACCCUAUUCAAAGACUCCUAACCACACACACACACUUUGUCCUCUUCCACCAACCCGUGUCCCCUCUCUUUUGAUGCUGGCAGGGAGGCUCAAAAGUCUUUUUCACAAAGCAAUUAUUAAGUCUACUUAAACAUAGUGACUACUGAAUGUUGCCUCUUUUCCAGUCCCUAGUACAUGACAGCACACAUCAUGAUAGCCCAGGACACUCAGUGAAUGUUAAUGCUUAAUUUUAGAGAGAAACAAUCUCCUAUGCUUUCCUGGAGAGUCCCACAGGGCCCAUUUAUCACAGGGUUUGGAGCCAGGACGUCCAGUGCUCCCUGCUCCUCUCCUGCACUUCCAGGUGUUGUUUGGUCUUCACAGCACUCUUAUACUCUGUGGAGGCAUCUGUUCCAUGUGGCCUCUGUCCUGGUUUGACAGAAGACAAACUAGAAUGCUCUCAUUCCCCCAGGACCAGUGUAGACGGGUCCUCUGUGGAAGCACCCCUAAUCUUCACUGAGCUCCCACAGUACCAGGGCUUUCCUCUGAGUGGCUCUGAUCCACCGACUCCCCUGAGAGUAGGAGCAGAGUCAGACACACAGAAGGCAUCCAGUGAAUGCAGAAAAACCAAACCAAAGGGACAGCACCCAUGUCAUUGUACAGAUGGGAAAGCCAAGACCUCUCAGGAGCAAGGACGGUUGAGCCCACCCAGGGCAAGUUGGAAGCCAGGUUUGCAUUCAGGUCUCCUCUCUUUCUCUCUGCACAAAGGGUUCUGUCCUCCACACGGGCCACAGGGCUUCACUCCCUGACCACAGAAGAGCCAUUGAGAAGGGGCUGCAUGUCACAAGUGCUGGCAGUAGAGGAGACUGGUUCUUCCUCUAGCCUGAGAGAAUCAGCUUCCCUUUCCCUUAAUUCCCUUCGUCUCCACUUCCUUUCUUCCUGCUCUCUGUAUCAUCUCCUUUCCCUCUACCUUUUCUUCAACCAUAGAUCAUGAACAAAUAACUUGGACUCCUCCUGACCAAUGAGGAAACUUCUUCUCCAUUUCACUUUUAGUCCUUAUCUCAGUGCCCCUAAGAGACACCUGAGGGUAGCAGAGGUGGGGGUGGAGAAUGUGAGCCUGAGCUGGGCUGGGGUCCCCAUCAUCCCGACUCUCAGCCACAGUCUGCCCAAAGCAGGACCAUGACAUCCCCAGUGGCUUGAAGAGCCAGGUACAAAGAGGUACUAGGGAUCAGAGAGGAAUAAAACAAGAAAAGAGCCCAGAAUGGUGGUACACCCUUGAAAUCUACCACUCUAGGAGGCUGAAGCAGGCUCAGGCCCAGGCCCAGCCUGGGAAAUUUAGUAACACCUUGUCUUAAAAGUAAAACAUAAAAUAAGAUAAAAAUAAACCAAGGAGUGAUCAUAUAAGAUAACAAGAGAUAUUCAGUGGGGAAGAACUGAGUUAAAAGGACUCUUGAAGCUGGCCGGGAAUUCUUGGGGCCUGGGCCUCUGGGUCCUCAUUUUUCCUUGUUGGGGGUUUCCUGAAACCUGGUGAAUAUCCAGGUGAACAUCCAGUGUAAUUUCCCCAAGAGUAUCUCUACCUCAACCCUGACCACCCCAUAUCACAGAAGUGGGCCAUCUGAGGCCCCUGCCUUCUCUCAUCUCUUAGGCUUUGAGAAGAGGUGAAGGGAGCCAAGCUGGCAGGGCUGAUAUGGUAGAGUGGCUAUAAAGUCCUCCAGUGACCCUGCAUAGGUACAGGGUAUGGACAGGGACCCAGCUCUUCCAGCAGUCUGUUCCAUAAAGGAAAUCAGUUCUAUCCAGUAACCAUAAUCCGACACCUGGGUUGGGCUGUGCCCAACUGUAGGAGGACUGCUAGGGUUUUGAUGGUGAAUGUCCCCAAAAGGCCUCUUGGGCUCUUAGGCUGGGCUUUUGGAGGACAACAUAGCUGAUUUAUUGUUACAGGUGAGUGGUAGGAAGCAGCAGGCCGCUGGGAUUGUGACCCAGAAGCCCUCAUGCGGGACUUCCCCCUUAGCUCUGUGCUUCCUAGUCACCCCCCUGAGCAGCUCUUGGCCACUCAGGCCCUUCCACCGUAAUGUUUCUGUGUUUAAGCCUACCAAGUAUGAACUGAAAUUUGUGAACACUGAACCCAAAUAAAC